AUGACGGAACCAGAGGAGAAUAAGAUAACCAUUACGAACGAUAAGGGUCGUCUGUCGAAGGAGGAGAUUGAGCGCAUGGUGAACGAUGCCGAGAAGUACAAGCAGGAGGACGAUAAGCAGCGUGAUCGUGUGUCGGCAAAGAAUGCUCUGGAGAGCUACGCGUUCACGAUGAAGUCGACGGUGGAGGACGAGAAGGUGAAGGAGAAGAUAGCGGAGGGCGAUCGCAAGAAGAUCUCGGAGAAGUGUGAGGAGACGAUAAAGUGGCUGGACGCGAAUCAGCAAGCCGACAAGGAGGAGUACGAGCAUCGGCAGAAGGAGCUUGAGAGCGUGUGCAAUCCGAUAAUCACGGAGAUGUACCAGGAGGCCGGUGGGGCAGGUGGUAUGCCGGGAGGCAUGCCAGGUGGAAUGCCGGGUGGCGGUAGUGGUAUGGGCGGUGACGCGGGCUCUGGCAACCGCGGUCCGACCAUUGAGGAGGUGGACUAG